GGUUCCAGGCUGUCCCUCUAGGAUGCUGUUGGCGCCAGCCGUGGUAGUAGGACAGAGUCUGGGUAAAGGUCGCCUGCUGACAAGAUGGUAGCUAGGAGACCUCUAGGUGCGCCAAAAUUAGGGCGUCUUUUCCUGGACCGGCAAAACGCCCUGCUCAAAGCUCAUUACAUCACCACGCCCAAGAACUGAUACUUUAGCAGGGCAACGCGCCAACCAAGCGACUCCGCCCCACCCUCCCCGCUCCUCCAGCACACGCAAGCGCACAGAGGCCCGCGAGUGACGUCACCUCUCCCGACACCACCUCGUUGUCGUACGACCAAAGGCCUGUCGUAACGGCCGGGAAAAGCCCCGAGAGGAAGGGCACGCGCGCCGUACACCCUAACCUGCUCGCCAGCAUGCGCGCGCAGGUCCUUGGCGCAGGCAUUGGGACUGGAGCCAAUGAGGUGCGGCGACGUUACUGCGUAGCCGCCAGCUCGGCCGCACGUCAGGGCGCGGGAGCGCGGAGCGAGUUUGGUUGCACUUACACCGGUACUUAAACGCGGACCGGCGUGUCCUUGGACUUAGAGAGUGGGGACGUCCGGCAUCGGAGCGGGAGUGUUCGUUGUGCCAGCGACUAAAAAGCGAAUUAAAUAUGGGUGAUGUUGAGAAAGGCAAGAAGAUUUUUAUUAUGAAGUGUUCCCAGUGCCAUACCGUUGAAAAGGGAGGCAAGCACAAGACUGGGCCAAAUCUCCAUGGUCUCUUCGGGCGGAAGACAGGUCAGGCCCCUGGAUAUUCUUACACAGCCGCCAAUAAGAACAAAGGCAUCAUCUGGGGAGAGGAUACACUGAUGGAGUAUUUGGAGAAUCCCAAGAAGUACAUCCCUGGAACAAAAAUGAUAUUUGUCGGCAUUAAGAAGAAGGAAGAAAGGGCAGACUUAAUAGCUUAUCUCAAAAAAGCUACUAAUGAGUAAUAGUUGGCCACUGCCUUAUUUAUUACAAAACAGAAAUGUCUCAUGACUUUUUUAUGUGUACCAUCCUUUAAUAGAUCUCAUACACCAGAAUUCAGAUCAUGAAUGACUGACAGAAUAUUUUGUUGGGCAGUCCUGAUUUAAAACUAAGACUGGCUUGUGGUUAAAUGAAUAUGUUCAGUUUUUGAAUUUUAAUAGUAACUCCAAUUCAGUAAAUGCUAUCACUGUUUACCCCUUUUAAAGAUAUGAUUAGACUUCGUUAGUAAUGUUCAACUUUUCACAAAGAUGGUGAGUGCCAUCUUAAAACUUACUGGAGAUUGGUUUUAUAUUUAGAUUUAUAUAACUGGUUAUGUGAAUAUAUUUAAAUACUGGGGAAAUUCCUUCACUGUCUUAGAACCAAGCAAGAUUCACCUGUGUUUUGUGUUCAUGUUCAUUUGCCUCUUAAAGGCAAGGGUUGAAGAUAAAUAAGGUAGCAAUGUCUAUAGUUUUGGCCUUAACUAUGCCAAUCUAAUUAUAAUUCCCUGUAUUUAAAAUGGUUCCUUUUACUUAUUGAAAGGCAUUUUAGUGUGGUUUAUGUGUAAUAUUAAAGAUUAUUCAACACCUCUCACAUCUUAUAGAUCUAUAAGGUCACAUGCUUUUAAAAUAGUAGCAAGUUAAACUUCACUCUUGAAUUCUUUACAAUCUAAGUCAAACUAAGUUAUAAUUUAGGAUUGUCUUUAAACAGCCAUUCAGAAACAAAACUGUAGAACUGUGUAUUUGUGAUUGGGAAUGGUGCUUUUGCCAACUUAAAAGGAUUAAAGUAACGGAGAUAUACACAAAUUUUAAAAUUAUGUGUGAUCACAAGACUAAAGAUAAUUAAAAAGAAAACCACAGAUCA